UGGAGAGCAAUUUACAACUUUGCAUCACAUACGUUUUAAAACAUAUUACUACAGAUUAAUUGACAGCUAAACUUAGUUAAAACGGCCUGUGUCACUUUUCUUGUUAAACCACUUUAGGUCGCUGCGUGAAUGGAAGGCGGCCAAGCCUAGGAAAGUCAGGAGCUCCGCGUUAACGUACCCGCCUUCAUUUCCUGGUUUUAAUGCUGUUCAUGGUGUGAUCUGUUCCUUUUACGAAUAGACUUCAUUGUUGAGUUUAUUUAUCCUGGAAACCAAAAUACAUGGUUUUGAGGAGAAGUCACUAGUGUAUUGUGUUAGUCUACAUUACUUUACGUGGUAUUCUACUGUCAUGGAGGUUGCAUAAUACUCUCAUUUUUUUCUAAAUAAGGAAGAACCUAAUUUGAACUUCAACGGACAGCCGUGUGAUUCUGUUGUCGGAGCUUGUGAACUCCUAAACCAUAAUGGUUGGAUUGGGAAACGGCCGAAGAGGGGGAAGAUCACCCCCACUCCUGGUGGCUGCUAUGGUUGCUUGUGUGAUAGUAUUGGCUUUCAAUUACUGGAUUUCAAGUAGUCGCAAUACAGAACUUCAGAAUCGUCUUAAUGAACUGGAAGUAAAAGUUCGACGGGCAGCUGCAGAAAGAAGUGCUGUGGAAAUCAAAAAGAAUGAAUUCCAGGUGCAACUGGAAAGAUACAAAAAACAGAUUGAAGAUAUCCAGUUUAGACACGAUAUGCAGAUGAGCAAUGAGCAAAAAAUAUGGAAUGAUCAAACGGGAGAUUUGAAGCAAAACGUUAGCAGGAGUACCAGAAUUAUUCAGAAACUUCAAGAUGAAUUUAAGGAACUGCAGGAGAACUAUGCCAAACUACAAGCAAAACUUGACUAUGAUAUUGCACAGUGCGACAGUCAGAUCAAACAGGAAAAGAACCAUUGUGAAGAGAGAAUAACUGAGUUUCUAGAAAGACAGAACAGAGUGCAAGACUCAGAAAAUCAAGUGAAUAAAGCAGCAGCUGAGAUAAAAAUGGAUGAGAAGUCAAAUCUGAAUGAAAAGCCACAGGAUGUCAAUCUAAAGGAGAAUGUAGGUCUCCAAGAACCAGCAGCUGCAGUCAUAAAGAAGGAAGACAAAAAGCCACAAGAGUUAGCAGUUAAACUAGAUUCUCCUGUAGGAAAGCAGGAACAAAUUAAGCCAAAAGAAAGUGGACCAGAAGUGGCAGCAAAUCCAGAAGAGCCCAAAGAAGCGAAUGUAGACAUUAAGGAGGGCACAGAAGAAUUGAAAAAACUGGCCAGUAAAGCACCAAUUGAUAAGCCCUUAGAAAAACAUGUCAAUAUUAAUGCAAUUGAAGAGGAAGAAGUUGUGCAAGAAGAUGAAAUAGAAGAAAGUGAGAAGGACGAGCCAUUUCCAAAUGAUUUGGAGCUUCUCCAGGCAGAGCAAGAAGUUGUUGACAUGGCCGCCAGAGAAGAGGCUGAUGCUGAAAAUGAUAUUGAAGAUGUGAAGGCUAAUAAUGCAGAAGACAUCCUAAAUGAACCUCAGGCGGUGAAAGAUCCAGCAAAAGUUGAACCAGUAAACAAUGAAAAACAAGCAAAUAAAGAUAUCCAAAAUCAGGCAGAGAAUGUCCAGAAAAAAGAUGAAGACAUGGAAAGAGAAGAUCUCAUGCAAGAAGAGGAAUUUAAUCGAGAACAAGAUCCAAAGGAUCCGUCAAUUAAAGAAAAUGAAAAGGAUGCUCCAAGGAAUGAGGAACCAGCUGACUACAAUGGAGAUGAAGGCAAUGUGGCUGAAUUUGAGGCUGACAAACAGGCCGAGCUUAAUGGUGGAAAUGGUAAAGUAAUAGAUGUGAAUAAUCAAGAAGAGGAGGAAGAGGAAGAGGAAGAAGAUUUGCAAAAAAUAAUACCAGACAAAAGAAAACAAUUACUGUAAUUUAUGAAUUGCGGACCUCAUUUUUAAAAUUGAAACUGCAUUAAUUUCCAUCAGUUUAAUUAAAUUGCUGUCAGCACAUACAGAUAGGUUCUGUGGGCUGCUAGUGUUUAAAAAUAUUUUUCUGUUAGCUGGAUCUGGGAAAUGGACAUAGAUUUGUUAAUAAAACAGAUGAGAAACAUUAGAUUUGCACGUGGUCAGGCUGUGUUCAGCAUUAUCAGCCACAUGACCAGAAAGUACAACAUAAAAGCAUUCACCUUCAGUGAAGUUUAUGAAUUGAAGCAACCUGGAGGAGCAUUGUCAACUGUACUUUAUUUCAUUUUGGUUUUGAAACUGCUGUGCGUAUUUGGUGCAGUGAUAGCUAUAUUGUUUAGUAUGGAGAUUCUGGAUCUUUAGGUUUUACAGAACACAUUUCAUUGUUUAGGUUGGAUGACUAACUAGGCAAAAAUGUACGGGCAAAUUACUUGGGUUUUUUUAGACAUUUUGAAUGUAUGUUAUGGGACUGUAAACUGGAAAUCAUUCAUGUAUGUUUGUGCAUUUUGUCAACCAUUUAGCAGCUGUUUGCAUUCAUCAGACCAAAGGACGAAGGAUUCCUGAGAUUUAUCCAUUACAGUUACUUCAGUGUGUACUCUUAAGUCAAGGUGAACCAUACUACUGUAUAUGUUGUAAAAAUGUUGCUUGAAUUAUUUAAAUCUGAUAAGUAAUGGUAUAGCAGAAAAAUGAAAUGUGAAGUGAAAUGAUACACGUAGUGCUGUGUUCUUGCAGAACUGUAAGACAAGGCCAAAGAUGAACAAUUUUUGUGUGGUCAUCCUACUGGUUUUAUACUGUUUCUGCCAGCCAAGUUAUCUUUCAGCUGUAUGUUAGAAGGCACUUCUGCCAGUCAGUUUCCUGCACUUAUAUUUACUGCCCACACAAGGAAUAUGACUGGGCUUCACCUCUUGAGUUGUUCUGUGUUACAAGAAGUGCAACAGAAAAUAUUUCCGUAUACAAAAAGAGCAUAGUGAUGGGAGAUGUUUCCUGCCCUUGGAACGCACACCUUUCUGCUUUCUGUUUUGAUGCCUUUGUCGCCUUUGACUGUAUUGCGUUUUGUUCAGCUUUAUUUCGGAAGGAUCCACAGGCCUUCUCUCUUCAUUACUGAAACCUGACAUGUUCGUAAUUUGGCCUUUCUGAAUCCCUUUUAUUUGUGUACCAGAUCUGUUAGGUAUGUGUAAAUUAUCUUGAGCUGCUACCGUGCCACAACAUUCACAUGCUAGAGUGGUGCAUGUGUACGUGUGUGCACGCACAUGUGUAUGUGUUUACUUAUCUUCUGGUUUUACCUGCUUACAACCUUUGAAGUAAAAAUUGGACCUGCAUUUUAUUCUUUCCUGAAGCUCUUUUGAGCUAAAGUUAGCUGGAGGGACCUAAAUUAUCUGAGUCAGUAAAAAUUAUAGUUUACAUGCAAAAAUAUAACUAACAGAGGCAUAACAUGCAUCUGUUCUUUAUUUUGUCUCAGCAUUUUUCAAAACCCGUUAUAAAAGUGUUUGUGCUUUGGUAACAGAAGCUAUGAGGAACAAAAGACUCAACCAUUGUCAAACAAAGGUAACAGAUUUGUUUUCUCCAAGAAAAAAAUAUCCAAACAUUCAUCUUUUCUGUCAACUGAGUAAUUAGAAUCGGUGUUUUUAAGUUAUGCUUUUUGUUUAGAUUUCUUGUUCUUUUCAUUCCGAGGCUUUGCCUCUGAUUCAUCAGUUGAGAACGAGAGACGUUAUAAGUUACUGUCUUUACUAGCUCUGUAACUCAUUGUAUUGAGCUGAAGGUGUAUGUGUUCUUCGGAAGCAAAAACAAAAAAGUGACAGAAGCAAAAACAAAAAAGUGACAGCAACAGAACUACAGAGCGAAUAGCAUUAACACUGUUCCUACAUGUAUGACUUGUUUAAUAAUGAGAAGACAUUCCAAAUCCUGUAUUAAUAAAUAUUAAUUCAAAAAUAUAGUUUGGUACAUUGGUGUGUGCUAACAAGAAAUGCUGUUCUUGUCAAAAAAAAAAAAAAAAAAAGCCACAACACAUGCCUGCGGGAAGGUAUUCAUCUAUUUCUUUUCUUCUCUUUCGGCCUAGCUCCCAAUUAAGUGAAAGUCACCCCCCCCCCAUAGCAAUCCUGAUUUUCAUUCACUGGCAACUUUUUCACAUUAGUAUGCUGAUGGUAUUUGUUUUGCCCAUUCAGCUAUAAAUAUCUUCUUGAAACUGCUGAUACUGUGAUUUUAAAAUACACCACACACAUUUUUUAUUCUCUUGUAAGCUUUAGGCAGUUGCAUACACUGCAUACAGAAUGGUAUAUGUCAUUUUUGAUGCUCUUUUGCACCCUGUGUAAGCCGUGUGCACAUUCAGCAGUUUGGAAUUUGCACUUGGAAAGUAGCAUGUGCUUCACAAUUUUUUUUUUUUACUCUCCACUUUCUAGUACAUUGUUUCCCGUUGUAUUGGAGGUGUAUGGAAAUGAAUUUCUGGUCUAAGUAUCAUGUCUGCUUGCACUUAACCAAGUUUCUUUAAAAAAAAUCUUGUCAGUUUGCUUUGCAGUUUUCUGAUAUACAGGUGAGUCUGACUGCUCCUUUGCAAGUUCAGAAACAUUCCCAUGUAUGGAGGAGAGAGGACUCUGCACUCUUAUUACAUUCACCAUCAUAUUGUACAGUUUAAAUGAGAAGUACACACCAGAAUAACAAGCUAGCCUAUAAGUAUUCAACAAAACACUCACUGUUAGGGCCACAUUAGAUUUGUUGGGGUGUUUAGAUAUCUGUCACUGUGUUAGUACAGUGAUAAGCAGUCUAAGUAACCUACAGUGUAAGGAGUUUUAAAUAUUCUGGAACUAAAGUACACCUCAGACUAUGCUAACAUACUAAUUUUAUGCAGAGUUAUUUGACAAUACAUUUUCCGUUUUGUUUUUUGUGUAUUAAAAUUCUGUUAUGGAGGGCAUUGAGAAUAAGACAGCUGACACUGCGGGAGUUGAUGUUGGCAUGAAUUUGUGUUACUGGAUCACAUACAUAUCCAGUAAAAACAGCAGACUAUUUUGAGCAAUCUUUGUUCAUUUAAAGUCCAUCUGUUCAUCUUUUAGAAACGCGUAUGUAGUUUUUGGUUUUCUCGUAAGCCAGCUGACUCUUAAGAGACACUUCACAAGUUAACAUAUACGUGCACACUGGUCUGACAUUAAGGAGUGUCUACACUUGGGUGCAAGGAUGUUUUAAUGAAGUAAUUUCUGUUUAUAAUGUAAUUCUACAUUUCUUUAGUACAGGUAGAGGAGGAUUCUUGUAUUAGGAAAAAAAAAAACAUCACUGGAUUCCAUUAUUUGUAGUACCUCUGAAUGCGCCUUAGUACACCUCUAACAACUCUCCCUGCUUGGCAUACCUUCUGGUUGGUUAGUUUGGGUGAAAUCGCUUAAGCAUUAAAUGAAAAGUGGAAAUGAGAGGACUCUACACUUGUGCCAUUGAUUUAUUUGUCCCAGUGGACUAGCCAGUGGCAUGGGAAAAUAUGAAAGAAAUGAAUAAGCAUUUCUGUACAGUUGUACUUGGUUUUAUUUUGAAAUACUUGUCAUUCCUCCUGAUGUGAGAAACAGCAAGAAAAAAUAGUUUUGGUACUUCAGCAGGCAUUCCAUACCAUAUUCCUUUUAUGUAACCUAGCCAGAAUUAUAGAACCAAAUUAGUCUUUCUGUUGUGUAUCUUGGUCAGCAAAAGUGACAGGUCUGUGUAAUUCAUUGAUUUUUAUAUGGCUGAAGAUGUGCUGUUUAGUGCAUCUUUACAUUACUUCAGCAGACGUUGUUACUGUGACAUAAAAUUUGCAGAUUCUGUAUGUGGGAAGGGACAUAAGAAACAGUUGUAAAAGAUAACCAUUACAGUUUAAAGACAGCACUUGUAUCAUUUAACAUAGUUAUUUUGCCUUCACCCUGCUGAGUUUCAUGAAUUUUCAGACUGCUUUCAUGGUGUAUUGCACUGCAUCUUAUUUAAAAAGUUAAUAAUAGGGCUUUAAGGGGAAAGUCAUACUGCAAUGGUUUGCUUAAGGGUUCCACUUUACAAACUCUGCAAUGGUUUUAGGGAUGGUAAGGAGCAUACAGUGUGAGAACAAUGUCAUACUGAACUGCUGCUAAUUUCCUAUUCUUUUAAAACUGUUUCCUUUGGCUUUAAAACAUUGAUUACUACUCUUCACAGAUAUUUAUUUUCAUUUUUGAUUGUAGUAAUGGUCUUAAUUUUGUUUGUAUUUCUAUUGAAAAGGUGCACAUGAAGUAAAGAUUUGCAUUAAAAUAUUACAUUCUUAAGCCUUACUGUAAAAUAAUUUAACUCUUUAUUUUGAGGUGAUCUUUGUUUCUUGGAGAUUGAUGUAAUGCAUUUUUUUGAUGAGAUCACUGCACAUCUUUUUGCAUUGAAUUACUGAAGGACUAGGUGAUUAGUGUCUGAAGAUGUAUAAAUAGUUUUAUUGUUUGUUAUACAAUAAUACAUACUGUAAUAAAAUAAAAAUGAGA